AUGAGUUCCAAAUUCAUCAUCGAUAGUAUGCUCCCGAAGUACCACCAGCAGUUCCACCAUCAACAGUUGUUCCAAAGUCCAGUCAGCACCUCGUCAAUCGAAGCUAGUCUCGCUUCCGUCGUAAAUUACAGUUCUUCCGGUUCGCCAAGCGGUUCGUCUCCCCAGCACUCGAACAGUAGCGCAUCGUCAACUUCACCCGCGUCCAGAAUGUACCCUUACGUUUCGGCUGCCACCGCGGCCGCCCAUCACCACCACCAGCAGCAAGCUGUAGCAGCCGCUGCCUUUGGUGCCGCCGCAACCGGGACCAUGGUCCCCGGAGCUUUUUCUACCAGCGCUAGUACAGCCGCUCUGGCUGCAGCCGCCGCCGUCGAUGCUGCUACGGAUAAGUCUUGCAGUUAUGCUUCCAGAUAUACAGCGGGACUGACUGGAAACGUAGCCCCUACAGACUCGAUGGUGAACUACACGCUGGGACAUCAUCACCAAAAUGGCGCGGCGGUGUCCGCUGCCAGCUCAGUGAGCGCAGCAGCAUCAUCGAUGGCUGUGGCAGCUCAGUUUUACCACCAGGCAGCAAGCGCCGUGGUCGAUCCUUUAAAUUCAUGUUCCCAAACAACCGCCCCUGGCGGGCAGCCUAUUCCUGAUAUUCCGCGAUAUCCCUGGAUGUCAAUCACAGACUGGAUGAGCCCCUUUGACCGUGUCGUCUGCGGUGAGUACAAUGGUCCAAAUGGCUGUCCACGGCGGCGGGGUCGACAAACCUACACCCGUUUCCAGACGCUGGAACUGGAGAAAGAAUUCCAUUUCAAUCACUACUUGACGCGGCGAAGGCGGAUCGAGAUAGCACACGCGUUGUGCCUAACGGAGCGACAGAUCAAAAUCUGGUUCCAAAAUCGGAGAAUGAAGCUGAAAAAGGAACUAAGGGCGGUUAAGGAAAUUAACGAACAAGCACGAAGAGAACGCGAGGAACAAGAAAGGCACAAACAGCAACAACAAGAGAAGCAACAAGCCAAGAUAGAGCAGAGUCACUCGUCGUUACACCAGCAUCACCACGAUCCAAUGAAGAUGAGUCUCGAGAAAACGAGCGGUUCGGAUCUAUUGAAAACGGUGUCCAAAGUUCCAACUUAA